AAGAGACCUACACUGGACAGAAUGUUCGCUUCGACGUCACAAAGAAAUGAUGAUGGUUUGCGGGCGUCUUACAAUAUCUCGUUACUUAUAGCAAAAUCCGGAAAACCGCAUACUAUCGGAGAGAGGUUAAUUUUGCCAGCCGUUGAAGAGGUUUUAAAUACUGUUUUACACAAACCUGCAUCUGAUAUCAUUAAAAGAAUUCCCUUAAGCAACAAUACUAUUGAAUGA